CGCAAACAAGCACCACAGAAGUAUGCUACUAUUGCCCAUCGUGCCACGACGCAGCGUAUGGUCGUCAUCGACAGACGCCGCACGAGUAAUCAUGACUGCCCACAUCAACCUCCACACUGUCCCAUGGAAGAGAUCGACCUUGCUGGCAGCACAGGCAACAUCUACACAGUCAAGAUAACCCACGUGCCCGAGUGCACCUGCCCAGACUUUCGUGUCAGAGGAAAUCCACAGUGCAAACAUAUUCUGUAUGUUCUGCUGAAAGUUCUGAAGGCGUCUGAGCCUUUGAACUUUCAAGUAGCAUUCUUGACCUCGGAACUGGAAGAGAUCUUCGACCACGCCGGACCUCUGCCCACCGAGACGAUCCACGCCGAAGAUAAAGACGGAAAGCGUAAACCCAUCGAGGGAGAUUGUCCAAUCUGCUGCGAAGAGCUCUCCAAAGAAAAGGAGGCCAUCGUCUGGUGUCAAGCCGCGUGCGGUAACAAUCUCCACAAAACCUGCUUUGACCAAUGGGCUGCAACAAAGGGUCACGGCCAAGUGACAUGUCCUUACUGCAGAACACAGUGGCAGAAUGCAAUCGAUAGCAGUUCUUUGAAGGGAUUGGUCAAGACUGGCCAUAAGAACCAGGAUGGCUAUAUCAACGUGGCAGACCAGAUCGGACUUCCCAGAGUGAGAGACUACUCCACGUACCAU